CCUUUCCACGCCCCUCCCCCCCCCGACUCAUUCUGAAGGCGUCUAGCGCGAAUCGCUCAACGUCAAAACGAUGAUUUUAUUGUGAUUACAAAAGCGACGAACGGAACAGCAACAACAACUGUUUGUUUGUUGUUUGGAGGGGGAGAGGGGUGGGGGAGAGGGGUAAACAACAAUCGCUGGCAAGUAUCGACAAUGAUGCGGUUCAUGCUGCUGUUCAGCCGCCAGGGCAAGCUGCGUCUGCAGAAGUGGUACGUGGCGCUGGGUGACCGUGAGAAGAAGAAGGUGGUGAAGGAGCUGGUGCAGGCGGUGCUCACGCGCAAGCCCAAGAUGAGCAGCUUCCUGGAGUGGCGCGACCUCAAGGUCACCUACAAGAGGUACGCGAGUCUCUACUUCUGCUGUGCGGUCGAGUGCCACGACAACGAGCUGCUCGCCCUGGAGACGAUACACCGCUACGUGGAGCUGCUGGACAAGUACUUUGGGAGCGUGUGCGAGCUGGACAUCAUCUUCAACUUUGAGAAGGCCUACUUCAUUCUGGACGAGUUCCUGCUCGGAGGAGAGGUGCAGGAGACGUCCAAGAAGGAUGUGCUCAAGGCGAUAGAGGAGGCCGACCUUCUGCAGGAGGAUGCCAAGGAGGCCGAGGUGGCGAGGAACGUCCUCGAGGAACUGGGCCUCGCCUGAGCCUUCGCCUCGCCUGGAAUUCUACUCUCGCGGAGUUCCGGAUCCGGAACCGGACUCGAACCCGGACUGGGACCCGGACUCGAACCAAGACCCGGACUGGGAACUCGGACUGGGACCUGGACUGGGACCCGGACUCGAACCAAGACCCGGACUCGAACUUGAGUUCGGAUCCGGAGUCGAACUUGAGUUCGGAUCCGGAGUCGAACUUGAGCCCGGAUCCGGAGUCGGAACCCGGCACCGGACUCGACCCCGGAUCCGGAGUCGAACCUGGACUUGGACCCAGACCCGGACGGACUCGGAUCCGGACUCCGACUCGGAUCCGGACUCCAGACGUAGACCGGGACUUGAAUUUGUACUCGGUACUCGAUCCCGGAUCCGGACUCAAAAACUUGAACUCGGAUCCGGACCGGGUGACCCGGACUCAAAUUUACAUUCGGGCUAAAACCCGGACGCGGAUUCAAAACUCAGAUCCGGGCCUGGAUUCGACGCCUGGACCCGGGACUCGAAACCAGACGUGGACUCGGACGGCUCGGAUCUGGACUCGGACUCGGGACUCGGGACUACAAUGACGAUGACGGAGGAGGAGGAGGAGGAGACUAAACAGAGUAUUUCAACAACAACAACAACCACAACAACCACCACUACAUUAUUAUAAACAACAACCACCACGUUAUUACAAA